AUGUGCGAGGUCCGGCCGGCACCAACAAACAGCUGGCGUCGGGCCAGGAGGUACGGCCCUCCGAACUUCUUGGAGGUCAUCCUUGCUUCCGUUUCCACCUUUGCUCUGUCUUGCAGCCAGUGGGAAAAAGGUGCACGCGUGAGAAAGCACUUUUAGUGUGGCCUGGAAGAUGAGUCAAACGUCUGGAAGAGCUGCUACUCCGAAGUUUACAAGUUUACAAGUUUAUUCAGUUUUCAGAGAAAAUUCUCUGCUGAAUCAUGGAAUAAAUGAAGCGUUGAUCGUCGGUACUCUGAAGGCCGUUUUCUAUAUUGUCUUUUUUAGAGAAGCUCAGAAUAAACUGAACUCGUGGGAAAAUUUUUCUCGGUCUGAUACAGUCAAAAAUGAAGCUUUGAAGUUUCAGUUUACUGUUCAUUCUACUAUAAAUUUGUCUCAAAUUUUCGAACGUCACUUUUAAUUUGUCUUUUAACUGCGUCGCUUUUUGAAUUUUUUCUGUGGAGAUGAUCGGUAAACUGGCAGAAAAUUCCAUGCGUAAAAGUUCACUCUAUCCGCCUAGGCUAUUGAUGAAAACCAAAAUAUCAAAGUCGCUCGAAAUAACAGCUAUGUCGGUUAAACCAUAUAUGACCGAAGCAUUUGGUUUUCAAUCAAACAAGAAAUGUAGAAGACAAAAAUGAGAGUGCCCCUAAUGAUAAAACUAACACCGUCGUGAAUCGGGGACACGGAGAAAAACCUUGAUAGAUGCUGUAUCUAAACAUUAUUAGAAGAGAUUACCUUUGACAGGUUCGUUUUUUUAUCCGAAAAGGCCACAAAGUGUAUGGCCUUGAGGACGAAAAAACUUUCGGAAUAUGGAGGUCAUUGACAAAAGGUUCAUUUUUUUAUUAAAAUGAAAAUGAAAAAAACCAGAAGCAUAAAAAAAGUCUUUGCAAGAUGUUUGUGCAAAGUGUUUCUGUGAAAGUUGAGACAAAAUAAGAAAAAUCAUACCAGAAGGUUUACUAAUUUGAGAAGAAAGAGAAUUUCUUAUUAUUUUUUAUUACAUCUUGAACAUUUUUUUAUUGGGGUUCUAGAAAACUCAAAAAGCAAAAUUUUCGAACAAUUUUGUCAUUUUUGAUAUUGUCUGUUUAUUUUUUGCAAGGAGAGCUAUAUAAUUCAAUUUUUUUACUUAAUUUGAAAAAAAUGCUGCAAUUGAACUGUUCUGAAACUAAGUGUGAGCAUGCAAAAAAUGGUUCCAAUGUUUUUUUUUUGUGAGAAAUCUUCAAAAAUGGAGCAAAAAGAUUGUCUGAAGCAAGAAAAAACAGAGUGAAUUUUUCCCAUAGACUUAAGUUUCUAAAUUCGAAAAAGGUCUUGGAACUGACAUUCUUUCGAGAAAAUAACAGUCAAAGUUGAAAGUCAAAACAAUGAGAUUUAACAAAAUAGAAAAAGGAUAAACAGUUGCAAAGAGGACAAUGAGAGGUAGCGAGAAUGCAGACGGAUACGGAAGUGACACGCUGCAAAAAGUACAGGCGCGCUUUUGUGUGUCAAAGGUCCCUCGUGCCAGCCGGUUGGCCCCGGAGAUGGAUCACGUUUUGGUCGUCCGAUGA